AUGACAACUGAAAAAGAAAAUGAACUUGAAUCAUCAUCUUUAACAUCAGAAGAAAACUUAUUGAAACUUGAUACAUUAACAUUAGAACAAUUUGCAAUUCGAUCCAAUCAAACUUUAUCAUCUAUUAUUGAAAAUACUACACAAAUAACUACAAUUGAUUCAACAUCAUUAACAAAUAUAGAAAAAGAAAUUAAUGGUAUAACAGAUAUAAAAUCUAAUCAAAUAUCAUUAUUAACAGAUUCUAAUCAAAUUUCAUCUAUACAUUAUAUUGAUUCAUCAUCAAUAGAUGAUCAAGAAACAAAAUCAUCAUUAUCUGAUAUAACAAAUUCUUUAAAUCGUAAAAUAUCAUUAUCAGAAUCGGAUUUACUUUCAUCAUUACAUCGAAAUAUAAAUAAACAACAAACAAUUGAUAAUCAAUCUGAUAAUGAUAUAAUAGAUGAUAUACUUUUUAUUGAAUGGGAUAAAGAACGAAAUUUAUUUCAAGAUUAUAUUAAUUCAUUACGUAAAGAAAUUCGUGUUCUUUUACAAGAACGUUUAGAUUAUCAAACACAAACACAUACUGAAUUUAAACAUAUGAAUGAUCAUCAAAUAAAAAUUGAUUUAUUACAAAAAUCAUUAGAAGAAAAAAAUUUUAUUAUUGAACAAUUACAAAUUGAAUAUGAAUUAAUGAAAGAAAAAAAUAUUAAUUUAUCACGUAAAAUAUCUUAUUUAGAAUCUGAUACAAAAUCUCAAAUUAAUAUUAUUGAUGAAUUAAAACAAAAUUUAACGGAUUUAACUGUUGAUUUACAAAAUCAUAUACUUAUUAAACGACGUUUAGAAAUGUCAAUUAAUAAUUUAGAAAAUAAUUGUCAACUUCUUGAUAUUGAACGUAUUAAAUUAACAAAUGAUGUUAAAGAUAAUCAACAUAAUAAACAAGAUUUAGAAAAAUUAUUACAAAAAGCUAAUGUACGAAUUGCUGAACAAGGUUCAACAAUUGAAAUGCUUCGUUCAGAAAAUGUUCAAGUACGUUCACAAUUAUCAACAAUUCAACGUCGAAUGUUUCAAGAAAAACAACAAAUAAUGGAUUAUUUACGUCAAAUUGAAGAUGAUCUUAUUGAAAAAGAACGACUUAAACAACAUGAAUUAUUAUUACGUCAAGAUUAUGAACAAUUACAAUUAAUUAAUAAACAAGAUCAAUAUGAUAUUCAACAAUUAAAAAAUUCUAUUUAUGAAGAUCAACAAACAUUAGAAAAAUUACAACAAGAAUAUUCACAAUUAUUAAAAAUUAAAGAUAAUGAAAAAUUUCAAUUAGAAUUAGAAUUAAAUAAUUAUAAAUCAGAAAUAAAACGUUUAUAUUCACAUUUUAAUAUAAAUAUUGAUUCAAUUGAACAAUUAAUACCAAUUUUAGAAGAUCGAUUAUUACAGACUUCUCCUAUAUCAUCAACAUCAGAAUUCAAUAAUGAAUAUGAACAACUUCGAAAAGAUUUUGAAAAUUUAACUAUUCAAUAUAAACAAUUAGAUGAAGCUAAUCAAACAUGGAAACUAAAUCAAUUAAGAACAUUACAUGAUCGAUUUAAAUUAGAUAAUACUAAUAAUUUAUCAUUUGAUGAUACUAUACAACAAAUUGAAAAUCGUUUCAAUGAUUUACAAAAUCAAUAUAAUACAAUUUUUAAUCGAGUCAUUGAAUUAGAAGAAAUAAGUACGAAACAAACCGGUGAUAAUAAUAUUCAAUCAAUUGAAAAUCAACGUAAUGAUGAACUUCAACAAUUACAAGAACAUAUUGUAAUAUUAACAACUCAAUGUGCUCAAUUUGAUGAAGCUAAUCGUGCAUGGCAACAAUUUCAACAAGCUCAACUUGAUAAUUUUCGAAAUAAAUUUAAACAUAUUUUAUUUAUUGAUAAUAAUUUAUCACUUGAUCAAAUAGGACAAUUACUUAUUGAUUUUAUUCAAAAACAAGAUAAACAUUCCGAAAUAUUAUUAUCCGAUUCAAUAAAACAAAUACAUAUGACACCAUCUGAAGAAGAAUCUAUUCAGAAUCUUAUAUCUGUUCAAUCAGCAUCAUCAUUUAUCGAUAAAGAUAUUGAAGAACUUCGUCAACUUCUUAAUAAUAAAUGUACUGAACUUGAUGAAGUUAAUCAUGCAUGGAAACAAUUUCAACAAGAUCAAAUUCAAAAUUUUAGAAAUCAACUUCAUGAUUAUUUUACAAUAGAUGAAAAUCUUUCAUUUGAUCAAAUACCUCAACUUAUUAUUGAUCAAAUUACUAAAGAUCGAGAUGAUUUUAAUCAACAAUAUGAAAUAUUACAAAAAACAAAUGAUGAACUUCGAUCAGAACAAUGCGAACAACUUGAUCAAAUAGAUAAAGAACUUAUUAUCGAAAAUGAAAAUUUAAAUAAUCAAAUGAAUGAUCGAUCAAUUGUUGUUGGUCAUCAUUCUGCAGCAGAAUCAAGUUUUCUUGAACAAGAAAAUUUAAUUCAAAAUAAUCAACAGUCUCAACUUCAAUCAAUAAGUAUUCCAAAUGCAAAUCUAUGUGAAACAAUUGAUAAAUAUACUCAAUACGAACACAAAGAACCAAAACAUAUUGCUACUGAAACAAUACCAUUAACUUAUAAACAUCAUCAUACACAAAUGGAUCCAGUUGAUAUAACUCAUCAACAAUGUCAAACUGAUAUAUCUCAUCAAUUUUUGCCUGUCUCAAAUGAUGAAGAUUCUUUAAAUACAAAUGAAAUUAAUAAUCAAUUAAAUGAAUAUAUCAAUGAAAUAUCUUUUCAAUCAUCAAUGGAUCUUUCAAAUAAUCUUAUUAAAGAAUGUCAACAAAUAUUAUCAAAACAAAAUUUAAAAUUAACUUCAAUUCCAAAUCUUGAACUUAAUCAUUUAUCAUUAAUAACAAUUUAUUUUCUUUAUCAACAACAUUUAUCUGAUAAAGCUAAAGAAUUAUAUAAUGAAACUGUUUUACGAGCAUUACAACAAGAAUAUAAUUUAUUAACUAAUGAAAAAAAUGAUUUAAUUGAACGAAUAAAUUCUAUGCAAGAAAAAUUUCAAAAAAUUGAAUAUGAACGUUUAUAUUCAGAAGAAAUAAUUAAAAAUUUAAAUGAUAAAUUAAAUGAUAAAAAUUAUGAACAAUUAGAAAAAGAAUAUAAUCAACUUUUAAAUGAAAAUCAAUUAUUAAAAGAUUAUAAUGCACAAAUCUAUCAAGAUAAAUUACAACAUGAAAUCGAACAUGGUUCGGUCGAAAUCAAAUCAUCAAAUAAUGUUGAUAUUCAAUGUGAUUUAAUUGAUGAACUUCAAUUAUCAACUACAAAAGAAUCAAUUUUGAAUAAGAAUUUGAUUGAAGAGACUACAAAACAACAAAUACCAAUAGAAGAACAAUUAUCAAAUCAACAAGAAAUAAUUCGAUUAAAAACAAUUAUUGAAGAGAUUAAAAUUGAAAAUAAAAAUUUAAAAGAUUUAAAUUCACAAUUAUAUAAUUCCAUCAAUAAUCAAUCUCAUGGUAUUGAUAUACAAAGUUCUCUUCGUUUAACAUCGAUUGAUAAUCAACAACAUGAUGAUAUUCAAACAUCUUCUAAACAAAUGAUUGAUAAUGAAACUCAAACUGAUGAUCAACAACAUGAUAAACUUAUACAAGUUAAUAAUAAACUCAAACGUGCUCUUCAAACUAUUAAGGAGAAAAUUCAUCGUGUUGUUGUUGAACGACCUGAAUUAUUCGUUGAUUCCACUGAUGAUACUAUCGAACGACUUGAUCAUUUAAUUUCUGCUGUCGGACAUCAAGCAGCACAAAUUGAACUUUUAAAAACUGAACCAAUAGUUCCAUCGUCAAUACUUAGUGAACAAGAAAUAGAACAAUUAAUAGAAGAAAGAAGUCAACUUGAAGAAGAUAAAUCAUACAAUAAUCAGGAAAUUCAUAAUUUAAAAUGUCAAUUAGCUAAAUAUGAACAAGAAUUACAAGAAUUGAAUAAAAAAUAUUCUAAAACUUCAUCAAAUGUUGAAAAACAAGUUCAAGCAUCUUCUCGAGUCGAACAACUCAUUGAUAAUGAAACUCAAACUGAUGAUCAACAACAUGAUAAACUUGUACAAGUUAAUAAUAAACUUAAACGUGCAUUACAAACAAUUAAAGAAAAAAUUCAUCAUAUUGUUGUUGAACGACCUGAAUUAUUUCAAAAUUCAACUGACGAUACUCUUGAACGACUUGAUCAUUUAAUUUCUGCUGUUGGACAUCAAACAGCAGAAAUUAAAAAUUUACAAAUUGAACAUGAUCAUAAACAAAAUGAAAUUAAUGAACUUCAAAGUUCUUUUGAAUCAUAUCGAUAUGAAAUUCAAAAUAAUCUUUCUAAAGAAGAUCAAGAUAAAUCUUUAUUACAAGAACGUAUAAAUGAGAUAGAACUUCAACUUAAAAAAACAUUAGAUGAUCAUUCAUCAACAAUAGCUAAAUUCGAAUCACUUGUUCAAGAACGUGAUGUUCUUCUUGAACAACAAAAUCUUCAAUCAAUAGAACAUCAAAGAGAAAAUGAACAAUUACGAAAUGAAUUAACAGAACUUAAACAAACAUCAAAUGAAGAAAUUAAAUCAUUGAAAGAAACUAUUCAACAACAAUCAGAGAAACUUACUCAAUUUAAUGAAACAAAUCUUAUGCUUUCAUCUCAACUUGAUACACAAAAGAAAGAGAUGGAACUACAAACUAAUGAAUUGGACAGUCUUACGAACAGAUAUACAAAACUUCUUGAAUCAGUAGCAAUUGAAAAAACAGAUAAUGAAAGUCAAACAGAUGAUCGUCAACAUGAAAAACUAAUUCAAGUUAAUAAUAAACUAAAACGUAUUUUACAAACAUUCAAAGAGAAAAUUCAUCGUAUUGUUAUUGAAAAACCAAAUCUAUUUGAUGGAAUUAGUGAAGAAACAAGUGAACGUCUUGAUCAUUUGAUUUCAAUAGUAGAAAAUCAAACAACACAAAUUGAUUUUAUACAAACUGAACGUGAUCAGUUAGAAAAACAACUUCGAAAUGAAAUUAAAGAACUUCAACGAUCUUUGGAAACAAUUCAAAAUGAACUUAAUUAUGAACGACAAGUGAGAUUCGAACAACUUGCAUCUGCUGCACCAUCUGAAGAUCUAAGUUCUUCGAUUGUCGAAGAUUAUCAAAAGCAGAUUGAUGAGCUACAACAAAAACUAUCUGAAAAUAAUGAAGAGCGAACUUUAUUAUGUGAUCGUCUUAGUGAAGUUGAACUUGAACUGAAAGAAACAAAACAUACACAUGAACUAACAUCGACGAAAUAUAGAGAAGAAUUAUUGUCUCUCGUAGAAGAACGCAAUGAACUUCUUGAACAAGAAGCAAUGUCUUCAACAGAACAUGAACGUGAACUUGAACAAUUGAAAAAGAAAAAUGAUCAAAUACAAACAAUAACAUCUGGUUAUCACCAUGUAGAAAUUCAAACAAUUGAAGAUAUUGAAUCUUUGUACGAAAUACUUAAACAACAAACUGAAGAACUUAAUAUAUUAAAUGAAAAAAAUUUACAUCUCGUAUCUCAAGAUGAAUUCGAUAAACAUAAAAAAGAAAUUGAAGAACGAUUAAUUGAACGUGAGAAUCAAAUUGAUAAUCUUAUGCAACAACGUAGAAAACUUCUAGAAGAAAUAGAAAAAAAUCCUUCAAUAAUAAUUCAAAAAAUAGAUAAUGAAACUCAAACAGAUGAUUAUAAACAUGAGAAAUUAGUUCAAGUUAAUAAUAAAUUAAAACGAGCAUUACAAACAAUAAAAGAUAAAAUUCAUCGAAUUGUAAACGAAAAUCCAGAUCUAUUCAAUGGUAUUAGUGAAGAAACAAAUGAACGUCUUGAUCAUUUAAUUUCAAUCGUAGAAAAUCAAACAAAACAAAUUCAUAUCAUAGAAACUGAACAUCAGCAAGCUAAUCAACAAUAUCAACAACAAAUAAAAGAACUUCAAAGUUCGUUACUCACUAUUGAAUCUGAACUUGAUAAUGAACGUCAACAACACAUUUUAGCUACUUCAUCAUCUUUACCUGUGACUGAAGAUAUCAGUUCAUCAAUUAUUGAAGAUUAUCAAACAAAAAUUAAUCAACUUGAACAAACACUUAUUGAAAAAGAAGAUGAACAAAUAUUACUUCGUGAACGUCUUAAUGAAAUUGAACUUGAAUUAAGAAAAAUAUUAGAUGAUCAAAAUUCAACAUUAACGAAAUAUGAAACACUUGUUCGAGAACGUAAUGUUCUUGUUGAACAACAAAAUCUUCAAUCAAUAGAACAUCAACGAGAAGUUGAACAAUUACGAGACGAACUAACAGAAUAUAAACAAACAUUUAGAACAUCAAAUGAAGAAAUUAAAUCAUUGAAAGAAACUAUUCAACAACAAUCAGAGAAACUCGCUGAAUUUAAUGAAACAAAUCUUAUGCUUUCAUCUCAACUUGAUACACAAAAGAAAGAGAUGGAACUACAAACUAAUGAAUUAGAACUUAUCACUGAAGAACAUACAAAACUUCUCGAAUUGGUUUUAAUUGAAAAAGCAGAUAAUGAAAGUCAAACAGAUGAUCAUCAACAUGAAAAACUAAUUCAAGUUAAUAAUAAACUAAAACGUAUUUUACAAACAUUCAAAGAGAAAAUUCAUCGUAUUGUUAUUGAAAAACCAAAUCUAUUUGAUGGAAUUAGUGAAGAAACAAGUGAACGUCUUGAUCAUUUGAUUUUAAUAGUAGAAAAUCAAACAAUACAAAUUGAUCUCAUACAAACUGAACGUGAUCAGUUAGAAAAACAACUUCGAAAUGAAAUAAAAGAACUUCAAAGAUCUUUGGAAACAAUUCAAAAUGAACUUAAUUAUGAACGACAAGUGAGAAUCGAACAACUUACAUCUGCUGCACCAUCUGAAGAUAUAAGUUCUUCGAUUGUCGAAGAUUAUCAAACGCAGAUUGAUGAGCUACAACAAAAAAUAUAUGAAAAUAAUGAAGAGCGAAGUUUAUUAUGUGAUCGUCUUAGUAAAGUUGAACUUGAACUGAAAGAAACAAAGCAUACACAUGAACUAACAUCGAUGAAAUACAAAGAAGAAUUGCUAUCUCUCGUAGAAGAACGAAAUGAACUUCUUAAACAAGAAGCAAUGUCCUCAACAGAACAUCAACGUGAAAUUGAACAAUUGAAAAAGAAUAAUGAUCAAAUACGAGAAGAAUUUACUAAACCAAAACAACAAUUACCUGUUUGUCAACAUGUAGAAGUUCAAACAUAUGAAGAUAUUAAUGCAUUACAUGAAUUAUUAGGACAACAAAUAGAACAAAUCAAAAUUUUAAAAGAAAGAUGUCUUUCACUUGCUAAUCAGAUUGAUUCUCAUACAGAAUUACAAACUGAAAUAGAACGUGAAAAAAAACAAACUGAUGAGCAAAUAAAUGAAUAUAAAAAUCAAAUAGAAAUUCUCAUGAGAGAACGUACAAAUCUUUUGCAAGAACUAGAAAAAUAUACUUUAUCAUCUAUACAAACAAUAAAUAAUGAAUGUCAAACAAAUGAUGAUGAUCAAUAUAAGAAAACAAAACGUUCAUUAAAAACUUUGAAAUAUAAAAUUUAUCGUAUUGUUAAUGAAAGACCAGAUCUAUUCGAUGGUAUUGGUCAAGAAACAAAUGAACGUCUUGAUCAUUUAAUUUCAAUAGUUCAAAAUCAAACAAUAAAAAUUAAUACAUUACAAGCUGAACAUACUCUAGUCGAAGAACAACUACGAAAUGAAAUAAAAGAACUUCAAAAUCAACAUGAAAUUGAACUUAAACAAUCGAUUGAUUCUCAGAAUGUAGAAACUCAAACAGAAGAAGAUAUUCAAGCAUUAGAUAAACAACUUAAUGAUCUGAAUGAAAAAAAUCUUAUUCUCUUAUCUCAAAUCGAAUCUCAAGAUGAACUUAAAAAACAAAAGAAAGAAAUUGAAGAGCAAUUAAAUGAAUAUAAAAAUCAAAUUGAAAAUCUCAUGAAUGAACGUCAAAAACUUUUAGAAGAAAUAGAUGAUGAUGAACAUAAGAAAUUAAUUCAAACAAAUAAUACAUUAAAAUAUACAAUAGAAACAAUCAAUAAUAAGAUUAAUGAUAUUAUAACUACAAGACCAGAUCUAUUUAAAGAUAUUAGUGAAGAAACAAAUGUUCGUCUUGAUAGUUUAAUUUCAAUUAUAGAAAAUCAAACAAAACAAAUUAUUAAAUUACAAUCUGAAUAUGAUCAAGCAACAGAAAAAUAUCAAAGUGAAAUCAAUGAUUUACAAAAUUAUUCAAUAAUUGACAAUAAUACACAAAAACUUCAACUUGAUCAAAUAAGUCACUUAGAUGAUAAUGAUUUAAAUACUUGGUAUGAUGCUUCACCUGAUCUUAUAGAUAAAAAUGAAAUAGAACAACAAUAUCAUGAUGUUGAUAUUCAAUGUGAAUUAAUAAAUUCAACAUUAUUUGAAAAAUUAAUUAAUCAAACAAAUUCACUUGAAUUUUCAUUUAUUGAAUCUCAAACAUUAAAUAAUAAUUCAACUCAAACUGAAAUUGAUUCUGAAAUUCAAGAAAUAAAAAAUAAACUUCAACAAAUUAUUUUUGAAUAUUCAAUUUUAAUUCCUACAUCAAAUGAAAAUAUAUUUGAAAAUCUUAAUCAUAUAAUAUCAUUUAUUAAAAACCUUCAAAAUGAGAUAAAAGAAAUACAAAGUUCGUUUGAUACGUAUCGUAAUCAAAUUGAAUACGAACGUUUAACUAAAAUGGAAGAAUUAAUAUCACAUGAAUCAAAUCAUGUAUCUACUCAAACACUUGGUUUAUCAAUUGUUGAAGAACAUCAAAAAAAAAUUGAAAAACUUCAAGAAAAUGAAAUAAUUUUGCAAAAUGAAAUCAAACAUUUAAUUGAAGAACGAGAUUUAUUAUCUCAAUGGAAACAAGAUGAAAUUAAAAAAAUGAAUGAUUUAAAAAUAUCUUAUGAAUUAGCUCAAUUACAACAACAUUCAUCAUUAACAGUCAAUAGUAUACAAUCACAAACAAGUUUUGAUAUUGAUAGUUCUACUGAUUUGAAAAUAAAUGAAUAUCAAUCUCAAAUAGAUAAUCUUCUUCAUGAACGUAUAACUCUAAUGGAAAAAAUUAAAAAAGAAACGUUUCAACCUUCAAAAACAGAUGCUGACACUCAAACAAUCAAGGACAUUGAUUCGUUACCAUCAUCAUCUGAUCAGAAUAUUUCACGUCAUACAUUUGAACAAGAAAUGUUGGCAUGGUCAAAAGAAAGUGAACAAUUAAAAUGUUUUGUUAAACAAAUACAAAUUGAAAAUAAAAAACUUAAAGAUAUUACACUUAAAUUUGAACGUAUGAUACUUGAUUAUAUGCAUGAAAAUGAAAGACUUAAACAAGAAAAUCAACAUCUUUCAUUUGUAAAUUAUUCAAAAAUACAUAAUGAUAAACAAAAUUUUACACAAUCUGAUGAAGAUAUUUGUUAUUUAACAUUAAAAUGUUUAACAUAUGAAAUUGCACAACGAAUAUCAAAUAAUAAUAAUAAUGAACAAUCAAUAAUAUUAACUUAUGAUUCAGAACAAGAUUUAAAACAACAAUUAAUUGAUAAUAAACGACAAUUGAAAAAUAUGAAUUUACAAAAUGAACGAUUAAAAAAUCAACUUGAAUCAUAUAUCAUACAUUUUAAACAUGUUCAACAUGAAAUGAGUAUUCAAAUUCAAGAAAUGUCAGUAAUUAAAGAUGAAACAGAAAGAUUGCGUACAAAUGAAACUCAAUAUCGUUUGGAAAUUGAUCGUCUUAAAUCUGAACUUCAUGAUGAUGAAAUAAAAAUUCAACAACUUGAACGUGAAUUAGCCAAUAUGAAAUUUAAACAAUCAAAUAUUGAUAAUAGUUCAAUAGAUAAUCUUCGUGAACUACUUGAAUUAAAAGAACGUGAAUUAAAUGCAUUGAAAGAAAAAUUAGAUUAUACAAAACAAACUCAUCAAAUUGAAUUACAAGAAGCAAUGAAAUCCAGCCAGUUUUCACUUAAUAAUGUCAAACGUUAUGAACAAAUGGAUUUACGUCAUCAAGAAAAACGACGUGAAUUGGAAACAAAACUUGGACAAUUUCGUUCGAUUGUUAAACCAUUAAUUGAUAAUCAACAAUUAUUUACUGAGAAUCCAAUAAUUAAUAUAAAUGAAUUAAAAAAAUUAGUUACUGAAGUUGAUACUGAAGAAAAAGUUACCAAUUCUCUUAGUCCAAUUCGUGAUUGUUUGAGUCUUUUGGAAGCUCAAAUGAAAGAUUUACAUCAUAAUAUAAUUGAAAAUCAUGCUCGACGCUCAAAACGAUGGAAAUAUAAAUUAGGAUUUGAAUGUCUUUCAUGUGAAAGUCGAUGGGAAGUCACACAUGAUAUUCGUGAUUUACAAGAAGCAUGUUUAGAUCCAAGUCGUUUUAUUGAAUCAUCAAUUGUUGAACCUAUGGCUGGAUGUUCAUGUCCAAUAAUGAUUGAUUUUAUUGAAAGUGAUGUUCGUCUAUGUUUAGAUGAUAUAUUAAAUGAAGUGAUCAUGAAAACAACAGUGACAUAA